GCCGCCGCCGCCGCCGCGGACAUGGCGGCGGCCGCGCUCUUCGCCGAGGGCGUGCGGGCCGUGCUCGGCGCCUGGGCCGCGCUGCAGGUGGCGGUGGAGAACGGCUUUGGCGGCACCCGGGGCCCCGAGAAGGCGGCCUGGCUGGCGACCGUGCUGGAAGACUUCUUCCAGCACAAUGCUGGCCUGGAGCCAGAGGAGGUGGAAGAUUUCCUGGCUGAGGUGAUGGACAACGAGUUUGACACGGUGGUGGAAGAUGGCAGCCUGGUGCAGGUGAGCCGGCAGCUCGUGGCACUCUUCGCCCUGGCAGCACAAGGUGACGCAGCCGCCGUGGGGGCCGCCGUGGCCCGCCUAGGCCGCCCCAGCCCCCCACUGCGGGCUGCUGCUGCCCCCCCUGAGGAUGCCAGAAGCUAUGAGGACGUCGCUGAGGCCAUGGACUGCGGUCCCCCCCAAGACCCCAAUGCCUGGACCCUGGUGCAGAGGCGGCGCAAGUGAGAGGGGGCAAUAAAGGAGGUGCCCCACUGCGGCAAGGAGAUUUC